AAGGUGUGUUUGACUGACGCAGGAACAGAAAGUGACAUGAAGCUUAAGCUGACGCACAUGCAUUGUUUCGUUGUUUGCAUCAAAGAACUUUGAUGCAGAGGUGUGGUCUGCAGGUGCAAAUUCAGGUAGGGGAACCAGACAUGAAACUGCCACUGGGCAUCACGCUCGCACUUACGCUUCUGAUAUUUCAGAACUUACAACAAGUGUCCACUCAGAUUCCUGAAGAUUGGCUGAGAAUUAGCAAUACAUCAAGUGAAGAACAACCAACAGCUGCUGAACAAUCAGGAGAAAAUGAAUUAAGCAAUGUAGUUACAUAUGCCAUACCUCUAAACAGUGAGGAAAAUGAUGGAGAGUCAUAUGGCUCUAUGGUUUAUAAUGAACAGAAUCCCGCAGUGACAGAACCGAUGCCUCCAGCGACAGAAAUUAUGCCUGGUAGUGUCACAGAGGAUGGUAGUUCUCCAACACCACCUCUUAUGAUGGCAUAUAAUUCAAGCUCUGAAGUCUUAGAAGCAGAACACAAUGAAACAGAGACACAAGAGACACCAUCACAAACAACCCCAUCAGUACCAGACCAGACCAAUCAAAUUGAUCUUAAUGACACACAUCCUGAUCCAAAGCCAGACAAUGAAACAGAGACACCAUCACAAACAACCCCAUCAGUACCAGACCAGACCAAUCAAAUUGACCUUAAUAACACAAAUCCUGAUCUGAUGCCAGACAAUUCCACGGAGGACAGCAGUCAUGAAGAAACUGGAUCUGGAUACGUGCCCACAGAAGUGAGCCCAACCACCACAACGAAAGAUCCUGCAGAUCAAGAGGACGCGCAGAACACUACUACAGUGAUACCACCUGAAACACCAACAGAGGCAAUGACUCCACCUGCCGUCCCUGAGGACUGGACAACUGCUGCCCCAGAUACUGAGAAUGCAGACGCCAACCUGACUGGACCUUUUGACACCAGGGGUGAAUCACCAAAAGAAUUUUCAGGUGUAGAGAAUGAAGACAAUGUAGAGAAUAAGAAUGGAAAGGCAUGGGCUGUCAUUCUAGUCAUUGGGAUCAUUGUGGGGCUCAUUGCACUCACAGCCUUUAUCAUCCUAAACCGAAGGAACAACAGAGAUUUCUCUCACAGAAAACUGGAGGAAGAAAUGUCACCUGAUCCAGUUCUCAGACUGGACAACAGUGAGCCACUAGACUUUGGUUACUACAAUCCAGGACUACAAAUGGACAACAUCCAGAUGACCAACUUUCCACAUGGCCGUUUAAACUGAGAAGAAAUCUGUGAUGCCAAAAAGACACUUUAUUUAAUAUUAAAUUUAUGUGAAGACAGAAGGAUGUAAUAAAUGAAAUGUAAUUUUUGUAAGUGCUUUGCCAAAUGAAUUAAUAGGCAAUUUUACACAGCUAUACAAUUAAACCGUUCUGCUUUAGGUGAUGUCUUUUAACUAUCUCAAGAAACCAUAAACAAAGAAACCAAGAAAAUUUCUGUUAUGUUUGAAUUUCAAUGUACUGUAAAAUGUAGGCCUCUUAUUAUUUUCUUCUGAAUGUCUAGUUUACUUGACAUAUUGUUAUUUGUCAAAACCACACUUGGUUUUUGAAUGUAAAUAUUGCAAAAUGGUAGCCUAUGUCAUGACCACCAUUGUAACACACCACCUUUAUGCACACUGUGUUUGAAUGUAUGUACAAAAAACAAUAAUGUGAAGGAAUUGGAGAUAAACCUAUUUUUUGCUUCCCUUA